AAAAUGAAGUCUUUCAUACCAAUUUUGCUCGUUCCGUUAUUUUUUCAAGCAUCAACUGCCCACAAAACUGUCGUUUGCGAAGGUCUUAAUGAAGAAUAUUCUGAAUGUGCCUCUUCUUGCAACGUAAAUUGCGGCGAAAAAGCCGAAAUGUGUCCCGCAGUUUGUAAAAUUGGGUGUUCUUGCAAAGCAGGACAUCGUCGUUCGCAUUCCGGAGUUUGUGUGCCCGAAGAAAAAUGCGAUGCGUGCCCGGGAGUUCAUGAAUUUUUCAAUUAUUGCGGAAGUAAUUGCUCUACGACGUGCGGCGAAGAUCGAAUGAAUUGCCCGAAAAUUUGCGUUCAAGGCUGUUUUUGUAAACCGGGCUAUCGGAGAUCGAAAUUCAACGGAGAAUGUGUCCCCGAGGCAAAAUGUCAAUUUUGUACAGGAGCAAAUGAGGCUUAUGCGACAUGCGGAAACAGUUGCAACGAAAAAUGCGGCGAUGAUGAAAGUUUAUGUCAUCGGAUGUGUCUUGAAGGCUGUUUCUGUCUUCCGGGAUACAAAAGAUCUUUAAGUGACGGGAAAUGCGUUCCUGAAGACAAAUGUUUCAGUUGCACGGGCGAAAAUGAAGAGUUCACAACUUGUGGCAGUAAAUGCACGGAAAGUUGUGCAAAUCAUCAAGCAGAUUGCAAAAUGGAAUGUCGCACGGGAUGUUUUUGCAAAAUUGGGUUCAAGAGAAAUUUGACAACGGGCAAGUGUGUUUCGCAGAAGGAAUGUCCCAAAUCUACAGAAAUCGUUCGUUGCGGACCAAACGAAGUUUUCAAAUGCAGCAACAGGUGUUUGGAGAAAAUCGAUGACGGUUCACGAGUACAUUGCUUCAAAGACACGUACUUUGCCUGUUUUUGCCGUGACGGAUUCGCACGAGAUCCACGUUCGAUGAAAUGUGUACCUGAAGCACCUUCAAGAUUUUCUUAUUUUGUUCCUGCUGAAUGGAAAAAAUAUUAUGGAAUUCAUUAAAAAUUGACUAGAUUCGGAUUCAAUUGAGCUUUUUCACAUCGAUCUUGAUGAUAUUUUCGACUUGAACUACAAAAGUAUCCUUUAUCACAAAAUUUGCAUCUACAAAAAAAAAAAUUAAAUUAAAUUUCGUUCAAAUUUUCAAUAAAUUUCUUACUUGU